AUGCUAUCCUGCAGGCUGGUUCAGGGAAAUGGACCAAAAUUUAUUCAACCACUCCUGCCAGACGAAUUUUGUACAUAAUGUUGACAAACGCAGUAUUAUAGUGACCCCCACGAGCAAAGGAAGAAAUCGUCGUGGCCGGAAUUUCGAUUUAAGGCUUCGCUGGGAAGAUAUGGGCCAUUGCGUGCCUCAGCCAAUGAGGAGCCUCCAAAUAUUUCGAUGAUAUGCAGGCUUUUCCCAAAACGGGGACAAAAAGCAUAAUAACGCCGCCUUUUUUGUUGAAAAUCUCAGCCGUUGUCGCAGCUCCUGCUGCACCGGUGCUGCCUUACAACCAGCUGAGUACCUCUGCGCACGCCUCUCGUACGCAAGGAGACCCUCCACAAUGGAUCCACUACAAAGUGUGGAUCCCAACGUUGACACCCACAAACGCAAAGUAUCGCAAGUUUGCGCAAUGCAGUGCAGCAACACGAAGCGUUGGAGGCUCAGAUGCACGUAUCACCCACGGCCACAUGCCACGGGCAUUCACAAAAACACCGCCUUCAAGUUUGAGACGAAGGCGGAAGCUCUCGGAGACGCGGACAACUGGACAAGUGAGCUGGAAGAGCCCAUGCGAAGGCGGAGCUUGUCGCCCAAGCACGGCACGAUGCCGAACUGCGAAGUCGCCAAGAAGUGUGCCAUCCAAAAACAAGCGGAACGCGCCAGAGCUUUGAGGGGGUUGCAGCAGGAGGCCAGAAUCCUGAUGCGCCUACGCUGCAGCAGGUUGCAUAACGCCGGACUCGGGCGCCGGACGUUUGCGUACGUCAGGCGCGAUUGCAAAUCAGAACAGCGGAGGAGAUACAUGGAGCGGCGGGUUGCAGUGUGCGACCAGGAGGAUGCUGCAAUGGAUGCACAGGCCGUGGCUAUAUCUCCACGCUAACGAAGGGGCAACACGUCACGCUGCUGGAGCCUCACGAGCAGCCACCCCCGGUGACUGAUGCACCCACGAGCGACAUCAGCGUGGCCGACCCUCCGGAGGUUCUCGCCGCACACGCAGCGGCCGCGGUGUGACCCUCAGCAAACCGGUCCAUGCAUGUUGGCAUGUUCGCGUUCUCGGUGCAUAAAUCAACAGUGUUUUAUCACCCAGUUCAGCUGGCACAAGGCCGCGCUGCGAUGAUAAAAAAUCUCUCUUAGGGGCAGCACGGUCGGUGUUUCCGGCUAAUAAGUAGGUAGAUUCUCUGCAGACCCCAACAUGCCGGUAACAUGGCUGUUCGUGAUUCUUUCAUGAACCAACGACACCGUUAUAGUGCAAUGAAGCUUCGCAUGGAGUUUCGUCGACAUCGCCCAUAAACUUGCCUAAUACGGUUGAAAAAUUGUCGAUUUGUGACUUGCCGUCGGUGGGCCAAACUGCGUUGGAGAUAGCCUCUUUUGCGGGACCCCAAAAAUCUGUCCCAACAUGUGAUUUUUUUUUUUCUUGAUUCUACCUCACCUACAUAUUCCAAAAACCGUGUCUAUGAACUUUCAUGAACUAAUUCUAUAAACUGAUUAAAUGGGGUUGUUUGGGCGUCAAAAGAACCUGAUUUUCGCCGUUUCAUACUUCAAUCAAGUAGUUUGGGGAAAUUCAGGAUGCGAAAUACUUCAUGGCACAAGAGCUGAAAACUUCACGCCGUUUUUUUUAGUUAGACUCUGAACCUUCGCACACAUAUACCUUGGGUCAAUACGAAACGCUGUUCUGCGGGUCCUUUUUCAUUUCCUUCCAUGGUCGCCGGUUAUUCGGGGUCCCAGGAGCCGCACACGACCCCGAAAUCUCUAGGACCCCGGAUAUUCGG